AUGAAUGGUAAGAGAGCCCCUCCCACAUACUCCUCCAGCCAAUCGGAGACAGCCGCAGGGACCAGCCCUCUGGACCGAGCCGGCUUCCUGUCCUUCAGCACCAUGUCCUGGAUGUCUGCCGUCAUGUGGUCCAUGUCCAGGAAGAAGCUGGACUUCAGCUUUCUCAGCCUGUCUCCUCUGGACGGAGCUGGAGUCAACGGAGACAGGCUGCAGAGACUUUGGGAGGAGGAGGUGCAUAAAGUCGGUCUACAGAAAGCAUCUCUGACUCGAGUGCUGCUUCGCUUCCAGAAAUCCAGACUACUGCUGGUCGUCUUCAUCACUGUCCUCUACACAGCGGCUCUGUUCGUCGGCUCAGGAGUCCUGAUGCACGAGUUCACCAGCUACAACAUCCAGCCGGAGGCGUCCUCAGUGCUGGGGGGCGUGACUCUGAGUCUGGGUCUGGUUUCUGUGGAGCUGUUCAGGGUGGGCUGUGUCACUCUGAGCUGGGCUGUGAACCUGAGGACCGGCAUCAGGCUGAAGACAGCGUUCUGCACGCUGGGCUUCCACAAGAUCGUCUCUCUGAGGACACACAGCGGAGUCUCUGUUGGACAGAUGGUGAGGAUCUUGACCUCUGACAGUCACCGGCUGUUUGAAGCCGUCCUCUUGGCUCCUGUUGUGCUGUCCUUCCCCCUCCUGCUCAUCACCUGCUCCAUCUACUGCUGCUACCUCCUCCACUACACCGCCCUGAUCGGCUUCCUCAUCUUCCUCCUCUUCAUCCUGCUGCAGUGUGUGUUUGCCAGGCUCUUCAGCGUGUACCAGCAGAGAGUCGUGUCCAUCACAGACAGUCGAGUCCGAACUAUAAACGAGGUCGUCACUUGCAUCAAACUCAUUAAGAUGUACGUGUGGGAGGAUUUGUUUGAGAAGAAGAUCACAGACAUCAGGAACACAGAGAGGAGGAUGUUGGAGAAAGCUGCUCUCAUCCAGAACUUCAGCGUGACCAUCAGCCCCCUCGUCCCCAUCAUCGCCGCCACCUGCACCUUCAUCCUUCACACGGGGCUCAGAUUACCGCUCAGCAUCGACAGGGCGAUUCCUGUCAUCACCAUCUUCAACAGCAUGCGCUUCAUCUUGUUCAUGACACCCAACGCCGUUAAGUGCCUGGCUGAAGCUGUCGUGUCCACGCGGCGCCUGAAGAAUCUGCUCCUGAUACAGAAUCCAGAGUCUUACGUCGUCCACAUGACAGAAAGCAAGUCAGCAGCCGUCGUCAUGGACAACGCCACCCUGUCCUGGACCAGACCGCUCCGCCCCCCCCACACAGAGGACAGGGGCGACCCAGAGUCCAAACAGGGACACCCUGAGGCCCCGCCCACCCUGAGGAACAUCUCCUUCACCCUGCCAAAGGGCCGGCUGCUGGGUGUGUGUGGUAAUGUUGGCAGUGGGAAGACGUCGCUGAUCUGCAGUCUGCUGGAACAGAUGUACCUGCUGCAGGGCUCCGUCUCCGUCCACGGAUCCAUCGCUUACGUCUCCCAGCAGCCCUGGAUCUUCUACGGGACGGUCCAAGACAACAUCCUGAUGGGGGAACAUUUGGACCGUCCCAGGUACAACAGAGUCCUCAGCUGCUGCAACCUGGAGAAAGACCUGGACGUCCUGCCGUAUGGAGACCAGACCAUGCUGGGGGAGCAGGGGGUGAACCUGUCGGGGGGGCAGAAACAGAGGAUCAGUCUGGCCCGGGCCGUGUACUCCAACAGGGACGUGUACCUGCUGGAUGACCCCCUGUCCGCCGUGGACGCCCACGAAGCUAAACACCUGUUUGAGGACUGCAUCAGGAAGGAGCUGCAGGGGAAGUCUGUCGUCAUGGUGACGCACCAGCUGCAGUACAUGAAGUUCUGUGAUGAGGUUCUGGUUCUGAAGGACGGGGCGGUUCUGGAGUCAGGGAGCCAUGUGGAUCUGCUGCAGGCGGAGCGACUCUACGCUGAGCUGAUCAACAAACAGCUGAUGGAGCAGAACUCAAAUGAGAAAGAAGAGAAGAAGAAGCAGGUGGAGCUGAACCCAGUGUUCGACAUGUUGGAUGAGAACUCAGACGCUCCUUCAUCUGACUGCAAACCUGCUGUGGACGAUCAGCUGAUCCAUCAGGUGACCAACAGGGACGGUUUGUCCACAUGGAGAACGUUUCAGCGGUACUGUCAGGCAGCCGGAGGUUACUGUGUGAGCUUCUUCAUCUUCCUCAUCUUCACUGUGAUGAUCGCUAACAGAGCUUUAAGCUACUGGUGGCUCGGCUACUGGCUGAAGCAGGAACACGGGACAGGAAACGUGACGGCGUCAGAGGAAGGAAAUAUCUCUCUGAACGCCGACCUUCCCUUCUACCAGCUGAUGUUUGCUCUGCUGACCGUCCUCCUGCUGAUCGUCUGCAUGAUUAAAUGUUUCUGCUUCGUCAAAGUGACGUUCCACGCCUCCACCACGCUGCACCACAGCCUGCUGAAGAAGCUCUUGGCGAGUCCGAUGAGUUUCUUUGACACAACGCCGACCGGCAGCAUCCUCAACUGCUUCUCCAGAUAUCAGGACGAGAUGGACUCUUUGGUGCCUCACAAUCUGAACAUCCUGCUCACCUUCUGUCUGAUCGCUGUCUGCAUCUGCGUCAUGAACUCCAUUAUCUUCCCCAUCAUGCUGCUGCCGGUGUUUGUCCUCGUCACACUCUUGGUUCUCCUCCUCUGGAUGUUUCUGGGGAACAUCUGUGACUUAAAGCAGAUGGAGAACAUGAGUCGGUCUCCCUACGUCUCUCUCAGCACCUCCAUCGCUCAGGGCCUCAGCACCAUCCAUGCCUACAACAAGACUGACGAGUUCACCAAGCUGUUUAAGAGCCUGUCUGACAUCAAUGCUAACCACUUCUUACUGUUUAACUACGGGAUGCGAUGGCUGUGUUUCCUGGUGGACACUCUGUGCACCAUCAUGACGCUGCCGGUCUCUCUGCUGGUCGUCUUCAGCUCUAAUGAAUUCUGCAGCCCGCCUAUGAAAGCUCUCGCCCUGGUCUUCAUCAUUCAGCUGACCAGCAACUGUCAAUUCAUGAUCCAGGCUCUGACGGAGGUGGUGGUGAGGCUCUUCUCUGUGGAGCGGCUGCUGGACUACAUUACGGGCUGCAAGUCUGAGUCCUCAGAGCAGCUGCAGGUGGAUCAGGUCCCGGAGAACUGGCCCCAGCAUGGAGCCGUCACCUUCCUGGACUAUAAGAUGAGGUACAGGAACAACUCGCCCAUCGUCCUCAACGGCCUCCAGCUCCACAUCAGAGGCGGGGAGAAGCUGGGCAUCGUGGGAAGGACAGGCUCCGGGAAGUCGUCUCUGGCUGCCGCUCUGUUUCGGCUGGUUGAACCGGCUGCAGGAACCAUCCUGAUAGACGGAGUGGACAUCACAUCCAUCAGCCUGUUGGACCUGCGCAGGAACCUGUCCAUCAUCCCCCAGCAUCCUGUGCUGUUCACCGGGACUGUCAGAAACAAUCUGGACCCGUUCAACAGCUACAGUGAUGAAGAGAUCUGGGCGGCGCUGGACAAGACGUACAUGAAGGAGACCAUCUGCCGUCUGGACAGGAAGCUGCAGGCAGAGCUGACGGAGGACAGAGGAAACUUCUCUGUAGGACAAAGACAGCUGAUGUGUCUGAGCAGAGCACUGCUACGAAACAGUAAGAUCAUCCUGCUGGACGAAGCGACAGCGUCUGUGGACGCAGAGACAGACGCUCUGAUCCAGAUCACCAUCAGAGAGGCGUUUCAGCACUGCACCAUGCUGACCAUCGCUCAUCACAUCAACACAGUGCUGCAGGCAGACCGCAUCCUGGUGCUGGACCACGGAGAGGUUGUGGAGUUCGAUCAUCCAGACGUGUUGAAGCAAAGACCGAACUCACUGUUCAACUCUCUGUUGACUGCAGCUAAUACUGUGAAGUCCUGA